AUGAAUGCUCCAUUUUUGCCUACCAUAAAAGUGUGCUAAAGAAAGAAAGAAACAGGUGCUUCAUUUUUACAUAACUACACUUUCUUCUUCAUCUUAUACAUGGUUUAUCCUUGACUUUCUGAAACUUGGAAUCCGUUGUUUUCAUCCGCUGGAUAACAUUUCCAAAGAGAAGAAGUUGAAGAAAUUAAGAAGUUUUUUUUUACUGCAAACAUGAGUGCACCUUUGUCUGCUUGGCCAUGGGAAAUCUUGGGCAAUUUUAAGUAUAUGCUUUAUGGACCUUUUCUUGCAAGAAUCCUUUACACAAGAUAUCAAGAUGAUACCAUCAGGAACUCUAAUUGGUGUCUUCAUAUCAUAAUUUUAUGUUUGCUUAGAGGUUUCAUGUAUCAAGCAUGGACUUCCUAUACUAGCAUGCUUUUCCUCACACGAAAUCGUGUGAUUAUCAAGAAAGGAGUUGACUUUAAACAGAUUGACAAAGAAUGGCACUGGGACAAUUUUAUCUUGCUUCAAGCUAUUGUAGCUGCUUUAGGGCUUUCCAUGUUUUCAGAUCCUGAAACUCUUGGUGUAUGGAACAACAAGGGAAUCAUUGUAGUAUUAAUGCUACACGUCACGAUUUCAGAGCCCCUUUACUAUAACAUACAUAAGUGUUUUCAUGAAAAUAAGUAUCUUUUCACCCAUUAUCAUGCAGUGCACCAUUCAUCACCUGUACCACAAGUGUAUACAGCUGGACAUGCUACAUUUUUGGAACAUCUUUUGUUGACAAUUGUGAUUGGAAUUCCGAUAAUUGGUUCUUUUGUGCUUGGAUAUGGAUCUUUAAGCUUGAUAUAUGGCUAUGUGUUGAUCUUUGAUACACUGAGAUGCUUAGGUCAUUCCAACGUCGAAAUCAUUCCCCAUCAGAUAUUUGAUAAGAUCCCAUUGCUUAGAUAUAUCGUCUAUACCCCAACAUACCAUAGUCUGCAUCAUGUUGAAAUGGGAACCAACUAUUGCCUUUUCAUGCCUCUUUUUGAUGCACUGGGAAACACCUUGAACAGCAAAUCAAGGGACAUGCACAAGAAAAUCAGUCUAGAUUCAGGUAAAAAUUCUAGAGUUCCCGAUUUCGUGUUUUUAGCACAUGUGGUGGAUAUGUCAUCGGCCAUGCACGCGCCAUUCGUGACAAGAUCUGUGUCAUCUAUGCCUUACUAUACAAGAAUUCACUUGAAACCGUUCUUGCCAAUUUCUUUUCUGGCGAUGCUAAUUAUGUGGGCCAAGUCGAAGACAUUCCUAAACUCAUUCUACUACCUUAGGAAUCGUUUGCACCAAACCUGGAUCGUCCCUCGUUUUGGUUUUCAGUAUUUCUUGCCAUUUGCUGCAGAAGGCAUCAAUAAACAAAUAGAAGAGGCAAUUCUUAGGGCUGAUAGAUUGGGAGUUAAAGUUAUUAGCCUUGCUGCUUUAAAUAAGAAUGAGUCUCUGAAUGGAGGUGGGACGCUAUUCGUUAACAAGCACCCGAACCUUAAAGUUCGAGUGGUCCAUGGUAAUACCUUGACAGCUGCCGCGAUCCUCCAUGAGAUUCCUGAGGAUGUGACUGAAGUAUUUUUGACUGGAGCCACUUCGAAACUUGGAAGAGCCAUUGCUCUUUAUCUUUGCAGGAAAAAUGUCCGAGUUCUGAUGCUAACUCUAUCCACUGAAAGAUUUCGAAAAAUCCAGAAAGAAGCAUCAGCUGAUACUCAGAAGUACUUAGUCCAUGUGACCAAGUAUCAAGCAGCACAAAACUGUAGGACAUGGAUAAUUGGCAAGUGGAUCACGUCACGCCAGCAAAGUUUUGCCCCAUCUGGAGCAAAAUUUUAUCAGUUUGUGGUUCCAGCAAUUCAUGGAUCUAGAAGAGAUUGCUCUUACGGUACUCUUGCUGCCAUGAAGUUGCCUGAGGAAGUUGAAGGGCUAGGAGCUUGUGAAUAUACAAUGGAAAGAGGAGUAGUGCAUGCCUGCCAUGCCGGUGGAGUGGUUCAUUAUUUGGAAGGUUGGACUCACCAUGAGGUCGGGGCCAUAGACAUUGACAGAAUCGACAUAGUAUGGAAAGCUGCAUUGAAACAUGGUUUGAAGCCCAUUUCCAGUAUCAGAAAAAUUGUGUAUUAGUAAUUGAAAAUUCUAUCUGCGAGAAGAAAAAUGUUUUGUCUCGACACAAGCUGAAACUCAUUUCUUCUAAUAGGCUAGCAGUAUAAAAUUCAGUUUCAUUCCGAUGUUAUUUGCUUGUUCAUGUAAUUGAAUGGUUGUUCAUGUGUGUAUUUAAUAUGCUUUUGGACGGCUUCA